AUGGCAGGCACAGGGUCCAUCUUGCCCGACAUCUUCCACCGUCUAGGUACCGAAAACCUCUUAGCCACCUUCCUCGCAGCCGCUGCAACCACCUCCACCCCCUCGCAUCCCUCCACCAGUCCCGCCCAACCCAACGGCGACCGCGACUCCUGGAUCCUCCUUGACGGCGAGCCUUCCGACCCAGCAAAUGACGACUCCAAAGAUCCGCGUUGGGCCGAACUCUUCCUCGAAUACUUUGUAGUCGGUGGCGCAGAAGGCAACGACGAUCUGCUGUUUUUCGUCAAACAGCUCCCGUUGCAGCAGACCAGUCAGGGAUACUAUGUCCCGCCAGCGGGGGGGGCGGCGCCGGCCGAGGACCCGAUUUUAGUGAGGCGGAAAGUCGGGAAACAGAUGCCGGCGCUGGAUCAUCUGGUGGAUUGGAAGCAGACUUUCUUCUUGAAUUUGAUUGUGCAGCUGCCGUGUACUUUGACGGUGGCCGUGUGCAAGCGAGGGAUGCCGGGGAGCCAGACGAGUUUCAGCGCCGGGAAUGGGGCUGCGACGCCUUCUGGGACCAACGGCCCAAUGUAUGCGAGUCCGACGACGAGCGGAACACCCACUGUAACAACAACGAACGACGCAAAUACCACCACCUCCUCCCCACCCUCAACAACAAUAGAGUACCCCACCCCCACGCCCCCAAACAAACCACCCAAAUCCAAAAUGCUCGCCAUCCAACGCAUCUCCAAAACGGUCUACGCAGCCCCAUACAAAUCCCGUAUGGACGUCAAAGACGCCUUCAUGAAUGAAUGCUCCUUCCCGCUCGUCUACUACACUGUCAACGACUACGAGUCCCACGAUCUGCAUCUCUCCAUCCGCCAGAACGAGUACCUCUGUGUCGAGUUGAGUGUUAUGCUGCCUGAUCCACAAGCGCCUGGGGACUCGAAUGUGUGGACGUCCUCGCGAGGUACAGACGCGGUGGGGAACAUCUCAGUAACCGACGACCCAGCCCCAUUCCCCGUGCCCCCCAAGUGCGUCAAAACGGUCCUGUUCCAGGGCGCGGUGCCAUACACAUCUCUCCUCGACAUCUUCCAACAAAAGGGGCUCGCUGCACGGAAUCAUAUGCGGUUUGGCGGGUGGAAACGCGAUAGUGGUGGGGCGGGACAUGAUAUGGCGCCGGGAGGUGGGAACAAUUCAUCAGCAACCUCACUGAGCGAACGCACGGAAUACAUCAUGAUGCGCGGUCCACGCGGAAAGGGGCAGUGUCAGGUCGCUAUCAAAGACGAUCCUGUAGUCGAGUCAACAAUCAACUUAAACACCCUAUCAUCACCCACGUCAACUACCCCAACAACACCACUCCCUACCCCCUCCGCCCCACAACCCGUCCCCACCCCACCCCUCUCCUACCCAUCUUCCCCAUCUUCCUCCUCGUCCCACCUCCCCCCCUCGGCGACCCUGGGAGCCUCCCCGUCGAAUACCACCUCGAAUAUCUCCACAUCACCAUCCCCCCGGAAACAACCAACCCUCUCCGACCGUCUCCUCCGCUUCGGCAACACCGUGCGGUCGCAGAUCGUUGCGGCCGCUGCGAGUGCGGGGAUCGAUAGUGGGAACGGUGUAGACAGUGGUGGGCCAGGGACAGGGGAGGGCAAGGUGGUGAGUCUGAGGUGCUCGAUGACGUAUGUGAAUGUUCCGUGGAUUAGUAUUAUCAGCGACCUGGCAGCAGCAGACUUUGCUAAAGUCCCACCUCCCCCGGUACCCGCACCUGAAUAA